AACACGUGACACUUUGCAUAAUUAAGUGGAUGUGAUUGUGAAAAGCCACAAACCGGUAAAUCUUCACAGGUGUGCGCUGGAUUAAAUUCAUUAACGAUACACAUGGUAAUUUAUCUUCAAAGUGCCUCAUUGUAAUGUAAUUGGGUUGUGUUAUCUACUGUAAGAUAUCGGAUAUGGCCACACAUGUAAAAUAUAUCACUAUGAAAAGCUUUGAAGUUAAUGCUGCGGUGAUGAGUGUCCCUGAGCGUGAGUUGAUGGGUAACAUUUUGGUGAGUGAAACAGGUGAGCCCUUGCUCCCAAGUCACUCCAACAUAGCUAAAUUCAAACGAGGGAACGAUGGCCUUUAUGUUCACACGGAGGACUGGAGUGAAAUUGUGAAGAGAAGACAAUUGGUUAACGCCAAGGAACGAAUGAGAAUCAAAAACAUGAACAGCAUGUUCUCCCGUUUGAAGCGCAUGGUGCCACUGAUGCGUCGUGACCGUAAACCCAGUAAAGUGGAUACGCUGAAGGCUGCCACAGAAUACAUCAAGCUACUGGUGGCUGUACUACAGGACUCUGACAGUAAUAAUGGGAGCAAGACUGAUUUCUUGAAGAAUGCGAUCAACUAUGCAACUUCUGAUGGGAUGUGUGGUGAUCUGUGGAGGGUGGAUGAGCUGCUGGACAGUGUGUCAGGAGUGUCCGGUAGUGAGUUGUCCGACGGGGUGAAUAUGACUGUUCCCUUGGUGACUACAGGGUUUGGAGCAGGAGAUGGAGACGUGAGUGGGCUGGUACUGCACCACUGUGUGAUGCCGACCUACCAGUACAUCAUCCAGAUGGCACCGGACCAGACCAUGAUGUUCCAGCCCAGCUGAGAGGAAUGGUAGAGAGACCAGGCCUGGACUCAACAUACCUUCCAGGGGCUAUGCUUCAGAUGGGAGAAUGUUUUUCUUCCGAGAACAGACGGAAGGAUGUUGUAUUUGUUAAAUUAUAUUUUAUGAAUUUGGUUGGUACAUAAUGUGAUUUGUUUUUGUUAAACUUUAUUUAUUUUUACAAUAUUCAGCAGCCCCUUAUAAUAAAAUGGUAAGCAUGGAGUGGUUUGUAUGUUUUUAUUUAGCAAAGCGAUAUACAGUAGGGUAUUAGUAGCUCACAAUGCCUUUAGAAAGUAUUGACUUUUUCCACAUUUUGUUGUUACAGCCUGAAUUUAGAUUGAAUUGAGGUUUUUGUCACUGUCCUACACACAAUGCCCCAUAAUGUCAAAGUGGAAUUAUGUUUGUUGAAAUUUUUAAUAAGUAAUGAAAAGCUUAAAUGUGUUCAACCCCUUUGUUAUGGCAAGCCUAAAUAAGUUCAGGAGUAAAUUAGCUUAACAUGUCACAUAAUACUGUACGCUGCAUGGACUCUGUCUGCAAUAAUAGUGUUUAACAUGAUUUUUGAAUGACUACUUCAUCUCUGU